AUGUUACAAGAAAUACAAUUAGUUCAAGGUCAAACCAACUAUGUGGUCGUCUCAUCCGGCUACCCAUCCGCGACUGUAACAAAACCAUCGUUGGAAAAAAGGAUUGUUCCGAUUGCACCAGCCCCAGAAAAAAAUUAUGUCACUCACGAUACACCGCCUAAUCUACAGUAUAGAAAGAAAGUACAUUUUAGAACGAAUCCCUAUACUGGACCUCAGGCUGCGUCGAUUGCGAGGCGCAAUGCCCGUGAACGUAAUCGUGUAAAACAAGUAAACGAUGGAUUCAAUGCCCUACGUCGUCACCUACCGGCUUCAGUGGUCGCCGCUUUGUCGGGUGGUGCUAGACGAGGAUCUGGAAAAAAACUGAGCAAAGUCGAUACGUUACGAAUGGUCGUCGAAUAUAUUAGAUAUUUACAGCAAUUACUAGAUGAGAGUGAUGCUGCUUUAGGGAUAACUCGUGAUCAAGAAAAUAGAGAAAAUAUUCCUAGCAGUAACUCACAAAAUAUAAAUUCUAUAGCAGAUAUGGAUGAUGGUUUCUUCUAUGGAAGCAGUUCUCCCUGUUCCGAGAAGGCGGAUUCCCCUGCACCUUCAGAAUGCUCUUCUGGGGUGUCAUCUGCGUAUUCCGCUGUUGAUCGAUAUGAAGUUUCAACGCAACAAACCUUAGGCCCUAUGGAUGAGGAUGAGCUCCUCGAUGUGAUAUCCUGGUGGCAGCAGAAAUAACUAUAAUGUAACUGACAAGUUGAAAGAAGUUUUGACGAAUCCCUCCGAGUUACUGUAUUACACUUAAUAGUGAAGACGAAAAGACUCUUUAUAUUUCUAGUCAAAUGUUAGUGCCUUAAAAUUAAAUUAUAAGUUAUAGUAGUAAGUAAAGUUAAGUGUUCAACGAAACUCUAGAAAAGUGAAUAAUCGAAUUAAUUUUCAUAAACAUUUUGGAAUUUCAUCGAUUGAAACUUUUGACCAUAAGUGAACAUUUGAGGUCUUGUUAUAUGAUUAUAAUAGAGCCUACAUGUAAACACGUAGAUCUAGUAAUCGAAUAAAUUAUUUAUUGAACAGUG